GGCAACCGCGUUUAGUUCCGUAGAAGCUGUGCGUGCGGAGCGAUCUCGAAAAACCCAUUUUCCACCGCGUCCCGGUUUUUGGUGUGCGUGCGUGCCGUCAAACGUGUGGACGAGAGUAUUUUUCGCGGCAAAUGCCGGAUCGACCAUCGAUCGACCGAUGUGGUUUUUGCGGUUUGUUCUUUCCGAAAGGUUUUGUGUAGAACGUGAUUUAAUGCCAGUUCGGUGGUACAAACAGUAAGCGACAAAUCUUAAGAGGAAAUUUGAAAUCUUAGUGAGCGAAAAUAACGAUACAAAAAUAUUGUAAUACAAAACAACCCUAACACGUGUGUGAAUUGUGGCGUAAAUGAUAUUUUAUCCGCCAGCUAUCGAUCGCGUGACAACUUUAAGCAAACCCAACCAGUGCCCUCGUGUGUGUGAUUGUGUGUGUGUGCUUUGUGUUUGAACGAUAUUUGGUGUCGGCAGUGGCACUAGUGCUGGCAAAUAAAUCACCACCAAGCUUUCCACCUAUUUCCCACCAGCAGAAACACAACAAACCUCGGUGCAAAAAGCUUUUUUGCCCCUCGCCGCUCAGAAGAAUUGUGUGUGUGAUUGUGUACGAUUGCGUAUGUUGCAGUGCGUGUGUUUGCUUGAUGGUGUGAUAAGGCAAAGCUAGUUAACCGCUCCGGCUAGAGAGAAGUGUGAAACAAGUGUGAAAGAGCUUCUCUGGGCAGGAAAGGAAAGCAAAACAACAAAAACAUUGCUGCCAGCCACGACUGAAAGGAUAAGGAUAUCGGGCCGCCAUCGAGUGGUGGUCGCGCGGGUGGUUGCGGGUACGGCACGAUCCAGUGUAUCAAGAGAACACUCCAACAACGCCCCAUCUGGUGGUGAAACCGAAACGUGGCUGACAUUUAAACUCAAUUAGCUUCACCGCUUCACAAAACGACGAUGAGGACGAUAAGCACAGACCGUACCUUGGCCGGGUUGAUGCUGGUGCUGCUAGCCACCCUGCCCUACGCGACCGUAGCGCGCAGCUACGAAAAGCAGACGGUGCGCAAGGGCAAAUCCGCCCAGAUCGUGUCCUCGGCACCGACCAUCACCACCCCGCUGAUGGACCUGUGCUCCGAGGACAUCAACAUGAAGCUGGCCUGCCACUGCUCGCCGGAAAGCCACGCCAAGGCGCAGAAAGCGUCCUGCUCCAUCUUUGACGGCGAGCUGCCCCGCAAGGACUACAACUGGCUCGCCUUCCACACGCAGACCGAGCUGGAGCAUCUGAAGUUUACGGUGCGCAAGUCGGGCAACCUGACCUACAUCCCGUCGGACGUGAUCGCCACGCUGUACAAGCUGCGCACGCUCACGAUCGAGUACGGCAUCAUCGGCGACAUCUAUCCGUACGCGUUCGGCAACCUGACCGAGCUGCGCGUCAUCAACCUGCCGAACAAUCAGAUCGUCACGCUGCACAACCACUCGUUCGCGCACCACCGGUCGCUCGAGGAGCUGAUGCUGGAGAACAACUACAUCCGCACGAUCGGGCGGGACGCGUUCGUGGACGUGCCGAAGCUGAUCAAGCUGAACCUGGCCAACAACAGCAUCGUCAACCUGCACGACAACGGGUUCGAGGAGCUGGCCAAGCUGGAGGAGCUGCGGCUCGAGUCGAACCAGAUCGCGGUGCUGGCGCGCGAGUACUUCAAGGGGCUGGAAAACCUGAAGAUCCUGAAGCUGUCCUACAACGAUGUGGACUAUCUCGGUGCGUUCGUGUUCGCCGACCUGUGGAGCCUGCAGAUGCUGUUUCUCGACAGCAAUCGCAUUGAGAAAAUCGACGAGCGUGCCUUUGACGGACUGACCAGCCUGAACUAUCUGCACCUGGAGAACAAUCGCAUCACCACGAUCGACAGUGCCACCUUCACCAGCGUGUCGGCCCUGCAGCUGCUCAACCUCGACUCGAACCGGCUGUCCACGAUGACGCACAGCCAUAUCGUGCCGCUGAUGGACAAUCUGGUGAACAACAGUGCCCUGCUGUCACUGCGCGACAAUCGGUUCAUCUGUGACUGUCGGCUCUCGUGGAUGUACGACCUGAGCGACCGUACGCGCAACGAGGAGCUGCGCGAAAGCCUCAAGAGCAUCGACUGCAUUCUCGGCCUGACGCCCGAGGAGCCGACCCGUUCGCCGCUGGCCAGCUCGUACGACUUCGGCCAGCUGGACGAGAACGGCGAGUACAUCGACGAUUCCGCGAGCGAGAACGACGCCCUGGCCAAGGAGGUGCCGCAGACCGUGAACGUGCUGAAGCUGGGCCGCGAGGAGCUGCCGUGCCCGGAGGAGCUGGCCGGCCCGACCGGCGAUCCGAACCCGCGCGAAUCCAAGGGCCUGUUCAACCUGUCCUGGAACAGCUCGGCCGCCGGCGACCGGUACGGCGGCAGCAGCAGUAGAGUGCUUCUAGCGAUAGCCGCGGCCGCGGCGCUCGGACUAGUGCGUCGAUCGAUUAGCUGUUAAGUGGCCACCGGGUGGGGGGGGGGGGGGGAACCGAAGGUAACUUAUUUACGGCAGUGUGCGCGUUGGUGCUCCAACGCACGUUCGAUUGUUUUUCCCUCCCCGUGCACGUCGGCUCCAUCGGCUCCGUCGCUCCAUCCCAUCCAAAUGGGAUUCGUUUCAGCCUUCCCUACUGGAAAAGCUUUGCACUCUUCACCCAUCCCGCUCACUGGAUCCCAUACACCACAACAGCUCCGCAUUGCAUUUUUGCGUAGCGCAAACACAGUCACAACACGACAAACACAUCAACAAGCGAAAGGGGAGAGGCGUGAAGAAGUGGAACACGUUUCGCACGUGCAUGUAAUAUAUAGUGAAAGUGAGGGACAAUUUUGCCAACCUAUUACGUAGCAUUUAGAGCAAACCCACGAUAGAUAAGUAGCGCAUGUAUGUGUGUGAGUGCGCGCUACCAGAUCGGUCGACGGCAUCAGAGCGGGCUUAAGCGAGGGACGGUAGCUUUCUUUCGUCGAACGUUUUGUGGUAGAUUUUAGCAUAACAAAGUGAUCGCCGAACGUGCUGAACUUCUGCUCACACUCCAACCAUCACAAUCAUCACAUUCGUCACCAGCCUGGUGUGUUGUUUUAUUCUCCCCCACUCCCUUUUUGUUUGGCGUUUGAUGUACCCACCAAAGGGGUACACUAAGAUCGAGCGGGCCGGUUCGACAGCAUCCACGGGCAGUGGAUGGACACUGGACGAAUUUUGGACCGAUAGUUCGACUGCCCAUAUCUGCGGUUGGACGGACAGAAUCGAGACUCUGAUAAAGGGUAACCCAUUUCUUUCCUUUUUAUAAUAAAAGAAAACAAAUCAGACAACACACACACAUAUAUAAGUAGGUUUUAAGCUAGAGAGAACACACUGAACGAUGAAGCCCCUUUGCAACUGAGUACGAUAUAAGGUAUAAACAAAAGAGAGAAAAAAAACAAAGAAAAAAAGAGCAAGCGAGUAAUAAGGUAAGAGAAGCAGAGAACAUACACAA